GUGAAAUAGAGGCGGGCAUGUGCCUGGAGAUCGCCAGGAGGAACGUCCUAAACCAGGUAGAGCAAUCAGGAGCCUCAUGCGCGCUAGUGUCGGAAGGGUGUGAGCCGUGAGCCGGGCGAGGCUCUUUUCUCCGUUCUCUCACUUUGUGCACCAGCGCGCCUUCCUUAUGGCUACCAGGGUGCUGAGCAUGAGUGCCCGCUUAGGGCCCGAGGAGCCCGUUUUCGCGCAGCUCAAGCCCGUCCUGGGAGGUCGAGAAGCUACGCUCUUCCCAGGACCGGGCCCCGAGGAGAUCAAGCAGCAACAACAACCAGGCGCAGGAGCCAGGAUCCCUGGCGAGGAGAUGGCGCAGGCCCGAUGUGAAAUGGAGAAAUAUCUGACGCCCCAGCUUCCUCCUGCUCCCGUUAUCCCCGAACAUAAAAAGUACCGACGAGACAGUGCCUCAGUGGUUGAUCAGUUCUUCACCAACAGUGAAGGGGUGCCUUACAGCGUCAACAUGAAUAUCUAUCUUCCUGAUAUUACACAGUUGAGAACGGGCCUGUACAAAUCGCAGAGGCCACCUGUGACCCAUAUCAAGACGGAGCCCGUGACAGCCUUCAGCCACCAGAGUGAAACUGUUCCUCCUGCCCCCAACCCCACCCAGGCGCUUCCUGAGUUCACAAGCAUUUUCAGUUCCCACCAGACUCCUGAUGUGAACAACCUCUUCAUAAAGCAAGAGCUUCCUACUCCAGAUAUUCAUCUCUCCGUGCCCCAACAGGGUCAGCUUUAUCAGCUUCUGAGUUCUCCUGAUUUAGACAUGCCAAACGCUACUACCCAAGCUGCGGUGAUGGACUCUUUUAAUAACGUUUCUAUGUCCUCUGCCAUGGCGGGCCUUAACACGCUGUCCUCUGCUAUGCCGCAGACUACAAUGAAGCAGUUCCAUGGGAUGCCCCAGUGCACAUACACCAUGCCAAAUCAGUUUCUCCAGCAACAAGCCACUUACUUCCCUCCUUCUCCCCCAAGCUCAGAGCCUGGCAGUCCAGACAGGCAAGCAGAAAUGCUGCAGAAUUUAACCCCUCCUCCAUCAUAUGCUGCUACUAUUGCCUCCAAGUUGGCCAUUCACAAUCCCAGUGUGCCUGCGAACAUCCCAAUGAGUUCGCCAGCCAUCCCGACACCCAGAUACAACAGAAGGAGUAACCCAGACUUGGAGAAGAGACGUGUUCAUUACUGUGAUUACCCUGGUUGCACUAAAGUGUAUACGAAGUCUUCCCACUUAAAAGCGCACCUGCGAACUCAUACUGGAGAGAAGCCAUACAAAUGCACAUGGGAAGGAUGUGACUGGAGAUUUGCUCGCUCUGACGAAUUGACCCGCCACUACAGGAAGCACACUGGGGCCAAACCUUUCCAGUGUGCUGUGUGCAGUCGCAGCUUUUCUCGGUCUGACCACUUGGCUCUGCACAUGAAGAGACAUCAAAACUAGGCUGGACUUGUCCGUGAGGCUGUUGGUAUCUAUGCAACUUCAUAGUGACUCAAUUCAAGUAUAUACAUUCAGUUAGGUUUAUUAGCUUAAGUGUUUGACUGCAUAUGAACUCUUCGCCAUUGAAAACAGGAAAAAUUGUGAAAGAAACUGGAAAUGUAUAUUUUGUAUAUUUAUGAGGAAACAGGGAAGACACUGUCACAAUAUUCAGAUUGUUUCACCAUUUUAAGGUCAUGUGACUUGCUCUUCAUCUAGCCCCCCUCCCCCACAGAUUUCAUCUCAGGGCUCCCUGCCAUGAUAUAUUUUGCAGAUAUGGAUUCAUCAGUUCUAUAUAUGCAUAUGCAUAAACACCUUGGCAGAAAGUCUGUACAAGUGUGGCUUCUAUGGAGACACUCAAAGCCAUUUUCCAGACUUGGGCUAUUUAUCUGUGUCUGUAAACCAGAAAUUUGUUGUUAACUUGUCUGGCAGCAUGGUCAUACAUGCUUCACUACUCUGCUAGUGUGAGCGGGAACAACAAACCAUAAAUCUUGGCUUAUUGUGUUGUCUGAACCCAGGCUCACUUGUGGUUUGUUUCUUCAAACCACAAUCCCAGAUUCAGAUGACACAGCAAGCCAAGACUCCCACUUACAUCAACACAGGGGCAAAGCAGGAGCGCUCAAGAAGCACGCAUGAUGAUUCUGCUUCUUCUCUGUAAGCCAUAGUUUAUGGUUUACUGUGAAGUGCAAAUACAAGCAAUGCAUUCUAGCAAGUUGUUUUUUUCUUGUCUGUGAAUAUAAAUGACUAUGGACGUAGCUACACAAUGGUAUUGAAUACCCAUUCCCUUUCACCAGUUUUCUGUGAUGACGAAUCUCUGUCCUAUAAUCCCCAGAGUUGUUCUGGGGAAAGUAACGGCAGUUAAUUGGUAUGAAGCUGAUUUAAGUAUAUUGUAUAGCUAUACCCCAGCUGAAGUCUGCAAAAUAUAACAUGGAAAGGUGCCCCUAAAUGUAAUGUCUCAAAAGCUCUGGUAUCUGUUUUUGAGGCCCUGACCAAAAACACUCUUGCUCUGGUGAGCGGUGUUUAGGAAAACAAACUUAAAUUACAGCCAAGUGAAUCUUAAGAGGACAACCCACCAUAAUUUUGUCUGAAUUUUACUGGAUGUUUUAAUAUGUGUUAUAUUUUAUAAAAUGUUGUUUUUCUGUGGAGAUUAAAUAUAUAUAUACAAAUUCAUAAAUAGCCAUAGAACAAAAUGUUCUGUAAGUUGCAUGUUUGCUAUGACAAAGAUUUUGUAAAUAUGCAAAUCAGCUUUUAAUGUUUUCUUACAAAAGAAUUUUCUAGAAGUCAUUUGGGAAGAGUAGCAGUCAUCUGACUUUUGACAGUUUAAUAUGGCACAUUUAAAAAUUGUUUUUUUCCAAAAAAUACCUCUCAAAAUGAUACCGCUUUGGUUUUAAUGAGCUAGCCAUUCAAACACUUGUUCUUGUGCACUGAGAAUUCAAAACAAAUCGAGCUUUUAAAAACUUUUAAGAGUACAACAUAUUUGCAAAAUAGGAAUGGUUAAGUAACUGUCAGAAGCUUAAAUAACAAGGGUGGCUGUAAUACAUAAUGUUAAACCUUUUACUAUAAGCUAAACUUAAUUAUUGCUUUAAAAGGAAGGAUUUAGAAUGUGGGUUUAGAAUAUCAAAACACUAAGCUGGUUCACCACCAGUACAAUCUAAUUCCGCAUGGAUUUUGCCCCUGAUUUAACUGUGUUUGUGUGCAGCAGUCAGGGCUGUGUACAUGUGGUCCUUCCAAACAAGUUGCAGUUGCACUGAUCAGCUGUUUGGGGAAUGGAAGGGGAAAACUGCUGUCAGUGUGAUUUGUAGCCUGUUUGGUACAUGCAUACAGCCCCAGCUCAGGUUAUGGUACCAAAUGCACAUCACAUGUUUGUGUGUGGAUUCCCGGCACAGCUAGUGAUAAUGUGUUCAGAAACCUUCUGUGUAUUUGUCUAUGUAAUAUUGGAUUGGGGAGAUCCUGUCGCUUUCCAAAAGGUAAAGGAUACUGCAAUUUCCCCUCCCCCAAUGUAAUUAAAAUGUAAAAGAUUCUGUAACUUUGAAAAAAGUUUUAUCAUUAAAAUGUAAAAAUGUUUUUAAAAA